AUGGUAACCCACCAUGGUGUGGGACUCAUCCAAGAUGUGGUCCACCCCCUACGUGUCUGUGGACACCAAAAGUGGCUGGGCCAGAUCUGCCUGCCCCAUGUCAGCAGUCUGUACCAGCUCAGGAUGAGGGCAGUGGUGGGAUUCAGCAGGUUCGCACCAGUUCUACAGAACUCCAACCUCACCCUCGGCUACAACAUCUACAACAACUAUUUCGAUGUGCGGGCGACGUAUGAAGUGACGGUGGACCUCCUCUCCCGUGGGAAGGCCAACGUUCCCAACUAUUCCUGUGGGCAAAGGGAGGAUCUCCUUGCCCUCCUUGAAGGCCAGGAAUCGGAGAUUUCCAAAGAGAUUUCCACCCUGUCCAGCCUCUACAAAAUCCCACAGGUCAGUUACAGCUUUGUAUCCCACAUUCUUCAUGAUAAAACCCAGUUCCCAUUCAUCUAUCGGAUGGUCCCCAAAGACGAACACCAGUAUCUCGGGAUCAUCCAGUUGCUGCUGCAUUUCAGAUGGAACUGGGUCGGCCUCAUCACACCAGACACUGAUGAUGGGGAACAGUUCAUAUGGACGCUUCACCCUUUCUUGGGAAACGCUCACUUCUACAACACUUCCAUGGAUGGGGUGUUUCUGAACGAGAAGGGGGAACUGGGAGCCCACUUCGACAUUGUGAACUGGAUGGUCUUUCCCAAGAACAAGUCCUUCCACGCCGUAAAGUUUGGGAAAAUGGAGGGCCAGGCAUCGGGAGCCAUAAAAUUCGCCCUUGACCCGGACGCCCCCGAAUGGCUCUCCUUGUUUAGCCAGUGGGGGGGGCAGUCUCUCCCUGGUUCCAGGUGUACAGAAAGCUGUCAUCCGGGAUACUCCAGGGUGAUCGAAGAAGGGAAGUCCUUUUGCUGCUAUGGUUGUUCAUUCUGCGCCGAAGGGACAAUCUCUAGCCAUGAAGAUGCGGAUGAAUGCACCAAAUGCAAAGAAGAUCAGCAUCCAAAUAGGGACCACGAUCAGUGUAUCCCCAAAGAUAUAAACUUCCUCUUUUACGAGGAAUAUUUGGGGAUCAUCCUGGUUUCUUUUGCCCUGCUUUUCUCCAUCAUCACAGCUUCUGUGUUAGGAAUCUUCAUCAAGAACCAAGAAACUCCACUGGUCAAAGCCAACAACCGGGGCCUCUCCUACAUCCUUCUCGUCUCCCUCCUGCUUUCCUUCUUCUCCUCCUUUCUCUUCAUUGGCCGGCCAAGGAAAGCCACCUGCCUCCUCCGACAAACGGCCUUCAGCAUCAUCUUCUCCAUUGCCGUCUCUUCAGUAUUGGCCAAAACCAUUAUGGUGGUGCUGGCCUUCCUGGCCACCAAGCCCGGGAACAAGGCCAGGAGGUGGCUGGGGAAGAGUCUGGCCAACGCCAUAGUCCUUUCUUGCUCCGGUGGUCAAAUGGUCAUCUGCUCCAUCUGGUUGGGGACCUCUCCUCCAUUCCCGGAUGCUGACCUCCACUCCCAGCCUGGGGAGAUCACCCUCCAAUGCAACGAGGGGUCUGUGGCCAUGUUCUACACCGCCCUCGGCUACCUGGGCUUCCUGGCUGCCGUCUGCUUCACGGUGGCCUUCCUGGCCAGGAAGUUGCCUGGGGCCUUCAACGAGGCCAAGCUGAUCACCUUCAGCAUGCUGGUCUUCUGCAGCGUUUGGGCGUCUUUUGUCCCCACCUACCUGAGCACCAGGGGCAAGUUCAUGGUGGCCGUGCAGGUCUUCUCCAUCUUGGCCUCCAGCGCUGGCCUCCUGGGCUGCAUCUUCAUCCCCAAGUGCUACAUUAUUGUCCUCAGGCCCCACCUGAACACCAAAGAGCAUUUGAAACUUUCAAGGUAGC